CAUGUACACAGUCCAGAUCCUCAGUUAAUAUUGCUAACAGAGCGACAUUGGCCAUCGUUUUCUAGACGGAGAACAUCUAUCCGCCCCUAUUCAACCAAUCGCAACAUUGAAAACUCUCCCCAUGGACUUGUCUUGAAAAGCCGCUCAGCUUACAAGAGGAAAAAUCAUCAUGCGAAAUGGACCGUCUCUAGGAUAGCACCGUCGCUCAUUCCUAAGCAAUAAUAUUAAGCAAUCCUAACCAUUGGCCCUGCGUCUCAUCUACGCGUACUGCGUUCACAUCUAUUACCGAUAAUAACCAGAAACCUGAACUCUUCUUGAAGUUGGCGGCGUUGAAAUAUUGAAUAGCGAUGCCCUCAAGCAGAUCUUCUGCAGCAGGCUCCCAGGAGACUCCGAUGUUUGCUGUUGAAACAGGGCCAGCAUGGGCAAGAGAAGCCGCAAUCUCGAUAAGAUCUCGGCCAAGUCGUGCCUCAAGCAUUCGUUCAACGUGGACAAAGACCAGCAUCGGUACUUUACAGGAAGACUCAGCCUUUUGGGACAUGCAGUCCAGUCAGGACGGAGACUUGACUUAUCUUGGAUCCUGGAGCGCAUUCAGGGUCCAAACUCGCCCGGAGACUCCAAGGCAGAAUACUCCGGCUCCCCCUGACUACGAUGGACCUGCUCCGGAUGAGACUCUCUUUCCAACACCAACAGAUACACCAACAGGGCCUGUAUCUCAGCCGCAGUCAGCGGUGUUUGGCCAGAGGGGGUUUCGAAGCGACAGUGCUCCUCCCGAAGUAAAGCUUAACGUCAGUAGCGAGGCGACAGGUGGAAUGACCAGAGACCAGUCAUUCACCCGCGGAAGAGAGGACAUAUCUGUGCAUCGGCGUCACGCGUCCUCUGAUGCCACGCCAAAUAUCUUGUCGCCUCCGAUACAAAGCCAAUCACCCGGUCUUGGUUCGCCGGCCACCAAUUUGCGGCGCCGCAACGGUCUCAAAAUCAAAACUCGCCCUUCUCUCGAUCACACAGGCCAAGGUGUCAGUCCGUUAACGCCAUAUAGUGGAAGGUCUCCAAAUGCAGGCACACCACGAAAUGUGACACCCGCCGGUGCUACUUUUCCCGGGGAGGAUGAGCCCAGUUCCCCAGCUUACUUGGGCAGAGGCGCUACAGGGACUUUUCCCUCUCCAGGUUCUCUUUUGAAAGGAAUAGGGAAACUCGUUGAAAACACGAUAAAUCCUGACGACGACGACCGGGAAGUGAGUAUCCGUAUACCUCAGGCCGAUGGACCAUCUGUUCCCAGUCAGGAUGAGGAUAAGUUUGGAAAAUCUAGCAAACGUGAUCAGGACGAAAGAAAGGCCCAUGUUUCGGGAGUCCUAUAUCCCGAAUUAUUGACCGUUGCCUCAACUCCGGCCCAUAUUGAAGAGGGAGAUAUCGAAACUCACACGCCCCCGCCAAUGGAUACCGAGAAUGACAUUGUGAUUCAUUACACGAGACUGGUCCGCAAGCUUGACAAUAGUUAUCAAAAGGAAAUCCGGACACGAGAGGACGAGAUUGGCGAAACUCGCGCAAUGAUCCGCGAGCUUGCCGAAGAGGUUGCAUCUCUGAAGGCGCAGAUCCAAAAGGACGCAUCGGAACAGAGGCAAUCUAUGGCGACCGGUUCGGUGUCUGUUAAAUAUUCGUCUUCAGAACAGCCGAACAAAAACCAAGCUAUUGUAUCUCGGUUACCGCCAUUGUCCCCUGCCCAUGUGCGGACAAUCAGAGCCGCUCUUGGGCGCCGUGUAGACAAACUUCGCAAAAAGUUGGACGGACGUCCUGUCUCAUUACAGGACCUAGACGGAAGUCCGAAGGAUUAUAAUCCAUUCAAAGAAAGCAGUGCCUCGAAAGGAGUCUUAUCUGAGAGACUCAUACUGGGGGAGGCUGCUAAAAUUGAGGUCGGAGCAAGUCAAAAUGAUUCUUCAAAAUCUGGACUCACGACGCAAGACCAAAAUGCACAAAGGGUAUUUUCUUGGCCGUGUCAUGGCGGAUCAGACCCUCAAACUGCUUCCGUAUUUGAUGAACUUAAUUCCCAGAAUCGGUCUCUCCGCGCAGAUGUAAUUAAUCUUCAAGCAACAGUAGAGACCCUACGGAGCAGUCUUGACUUUUGGACUACUCGGUGCGAAUCUUUGGAGCGUCAACGAGAGGAUGAUCUGGCUCGCCAGGCUGAAACACUCUUUCCUGGGUUGUGCCAUGGCAUUGACAUCAAUGCAAAUAGCGACGCGGUGACUAGGACCCUGCCCGCGGCCACAGUCCAUUCCGAGAAUGAUUCCUCUGCUUCAACCUCACUCCUUUUAGCACUCAACCAGCCCAUAGCUUCUUCCUCUGCCACUACCACUCCCACAGGUGCAACGGGAAAUGGCAGUAUAGGCCAGCUCACUGAACUCGAGAAGCAACAGCUCUCGGUCAUUGCGCGCGCUCGUCAUGCUGUCGAAGAUAUGUGGGAAGUCCGCUGGAAGGACCGCGAUCGACAGCUGCUGGACCGUAUGCGGCGCAUUGAACUCGAGAGUCAACGUAACGUUGAGCAAGCCGUAAGUGAGCGGGACGAGGAAUGGGCUGUCGCGUGGGCGAAAAAGAAUCGACAGAUUCUGCAGCAUUUGCAGGAGCGCGAAAAUGAAGUACGCACGCUCAAACGGCAAUUGCGAAUGGCGAUGCGUGCGUUAAACUACGGCAUCGACACGGACGAAAUAUAUGAGCCAGCAGGCAUAUCGUCAGUGGAGACAAGCAAUGAGUUUCCGUCUCCAUUGCCGCCUUCCAUUCUCUUUAAUCAAUGAAUGCAGGGGACAGCACGUGAGUCGAUUGGAUUGGAGAGAAAUCGUUAGCCCUCAACUUCACAU